GCUGGUGAGGCGUCGAGGGCACUGAACUAGAGUGGGACUGAGCCGAAGGUGCGGACCGUCGGGGUAAAUGCCUCGAUGAGUCGGCGGCCUGCUUUGAAGACAUUUUGGACGGAACCUCCUUGGAGGUUGCAACCGAUCGACUCUUGUCUAAAUUCUGAUGUGACCUACUCCCAUGGCCUCCAGCUGUGCUCCCCUUACCGGAGGCGUCUCUUAGCGACACCUUGCUAGAAGAUCGCGACCGAGGCGCUGCCUGGAUAUGAGGAGCAGAGAUGACGGGAGGGAGUGGCGGUGUCUGCAGGCCGCCGCCGCGGGAUGGGGAGAUGAGCUUAUUGUAGUGGAGGAGUUGAGCGUGGUAGAUGUUGGACUGCUGUGGGAGGAGAAAGGGGAGGAGAUCGAGGUGAGAAUGGAAUUGUGUGGCGGACGGGUCGGGGAAGAAGGAGCCCUCGACGGCGGAAGCGCUGUGAGUACUCGUCGCCGAUGGUGUCGUCGGAUUCGGUGUGCUCGAUGAUAUCGUCGAGGCAGAUGUCCAAGGACUGGAAGGAUAAGGAUGUUGAGGUUCGGCCGUUGUGGUCUGGGCGUCCAUAUGGAGCAGCGAGCGAGCCCCGGGACGGUUCAAGUGAUUGCGGGGACUGACGGCAGUAUGCGUGACGACGUUUGGGUGUGUCUGGGCUCGUGGGAGAUCUCUCUUUGCUCGGUGGUGGCGAAAGCUGUGGAAUAUGGAAAAUGGAGCAGCAGAAAAAUGUCGUUGCAGUUCUGAGCGCUAGAGAGGGUCUCAGGAUCUCAGCAUGCGAUCCAAUGCCGAACAAAGUCUAUCGUGAAAGCCAGGGGGCGAAUCUCAAUCUGGUCGCUGAGAAGCGCUGUUCCUGGGUGGGAAUAGCGAACGAGCCCGUGGAAAUGGGAAGUUGUACGGAGCAAGAAAGUACUGUAAAACGAAGCGAAACGAUAGCGUAUACGACCGAAAGGCAAUGGCGAACACAACAAGGGGCGCUGAGUGCGAGUGCGAGUCGAGAAAGGUGAGGAAUUGCAGUUGCAGUCGGUAUAACAACAAUUUCCCGGGGCGCGGGAUAAUGAUGGAAAUGUAGGAUUCGAGAGAUGGUGAACGGUACAGUGGGCAGUGAACUAUGGACGUGUCGGAGACGCUUGUGCUUGUGCCUGUGGGGGGGCUCUUUGCCAAAAGGGGGCCGCUCGGUGCGAGGGACGCCGGUUCACCUCGACUCGUCUCGUCGGGGGGAGGGCGAAACGACGGUGCUCGCUGUAUUAGAUCAGGGCGUAGAAGGGAUCGGGUAUAGCAGAACAGAACAGGACCAGAGCAGCUCAGAGGACAAGAACCGUAGUAGAGUUGAUAGUAGAGAGAAUUAUGAAGAAAGAAAACAGAGACAAAGCAAGAUUGGAAAAUGCGGAUGUGUAUGGGAAUGACAAGAGAUGGCGUCUAGCGGGAUAGACAUGGGACAUGGACAUGGACAUGGAGAGCCCGUUUGGUUUAGUUUAAGUUUUAGUCUGAGG